AUGUCAGGCUCAGUUUCUUCUAUUGAAUCACUGACGGCUGAUUCUCAAUUCUGUGUUACAUUUUCAUCGAGUGCAUGGAUUGCUGUUCAAUCAACAAAUUGUGGUUCGAGUGGUAAACGACGAAAACGCGCUUUGUGUGGUAUACCUUUUCAUCCUGCAUGUACUACUACAACACAUCACACGACUACACGACAAUCAACAGUUGCUGCAACAACCGUUCCUAGUUGUACAAGUACAGAUGCCUCCUAG